AUGUCUGCGGCCGCGCUGGAAUCAGAAGCUGGAACGCUAGCAGAACUGGAAGGCUGGAGGUAUCGUCAGGAACAGAAACAUCUUCCAGCAGUAAAACAGCAGCAGAAAGAGGCAGCAGAAAUAGCAGCGGUAACAGAAACAGCAGACAGAACCAGCAGAAGUAAAAACAAGAGCAGCAGGCCUGUUACUAGUAACAGAAGCAGCAGAAGCAUAAGCAUUAAUUUUAAAAGCAGAAGUAAACCUCGACAUCAGUUGUCCUACUAUAUGACCUACUACAGCUACCAACAGCGCAAAAAGGACGAACAACGCCCACCACCCCCACACCCCCCUCCACCAACCCCCCUCCCCGUUGUACGCUUCACUUCCGAAGCGUCGCUUCGACGUCUCCACCAGAAGCAGCAGCAACAGCAGCAGAAGUCGGGAAGUACAAAGCACUUUGCAGGUGAAGCAACCUCUCAACUCGUCUGGAAAAUGACGGAGGAGGAGGAGGAGGAGGAGGAGGGGGAGGAGGAGGAGAAGCAGCAGCAGCAGCAGCAGCAGCAACAACGUUCUUAA